UCCCCCGCGCCGCUGAGGCCGCUUUUCGGGGGCUCCGUGAUGAGGCUCGGCGGCCUCUACCCCGCUGGCUUCGUCGCCGCUUAUUGCCUCCCCUGAGGCGGCUGCUGCUGGUGCUUAACCUCGGCGCCGGUCUCGCUCCGCCCUUGACUGCACUGAGGAGAGCAAAACUGUGGAAGGUCCGUCACCCAUAAUUUCUGGAGUACACACAAGAAGCCAUCAAAAUGUCAGGAGCUUCUGUCAAGGUGGCUGUCCGGGUCCGACCCUUUAAUUCCCGAGAGACCAGCAAAGACUCAAAAUGCAUCAUACAAAUGCAAGGCAACUCAACCAGUAUUCUCAACCCAAAGAACCCCAAGGAAGCACCAAAAUCCUUCAGCUUUGAUUACUCAUAUUGGUCCCAUACCUCGCCUGACGACCCUUGCUUCGCCUCUCAAAACCGCGUGUACAAUGAUAUUGGGAAGGAGAUGCUGCUGCAUGCCUUUGAGGGCUACAACGUUUGUAUCUUCGCUUACGGCCAAACCGGAGCUGGGAAAUCCUACACUAUGAUGGGAAAGCAGGAGGAGAACCAGGCAGGGAUCAUACCACAGCUCUGUGAAGAGCUGUUUGAGAAGAUCAAUGACAACAGCAACGAAGAGAUGUCUUAUUCUGUGGAGGUCAGUUACAUGGAGAUCUACUGCGAGAGAGUCCGCGACUUGCUGAACCCCAAGAACAAAGGAAACCUGCGGGUCCGGGAACACCCUUUGCUCGGGCCCUACGUGGAAGAUCUGUCCAAACUGGCGGUCACUUCUUACACCGAUAUUGCAGACCUCAUGGACGCUGGGAACAAAGCCAGGACGGUGGCAGCUACCAACAUGAACGAAACCAGCAGCCGUUCCCACGCCGUCUUCACGAUCGUUUUCACCCAGAAGAAGCACGACGUUGAAACCGACCUUUCUACUGAGAAGGUUAGCAAGAUCAGCCUCGUGGAUCUCGCAGGGAGUGAGAGAGCCGACUCCACUGGUGCUAAAGGGACUCGAUUAAAGGAGGGAGCAAAUAUCAACAAAUCUCUCACCACAUUGGGGAAAGUGAUUUCGGCCUUGGCAGAAGUGGAUAACUGCACCAGCAAGAGUAAGAAGAAAAAGAAGUCCGACUUUAUCCCAUACAGGGAUUCCGUGCUGACGUGGUUGCUGCGAGAGAACCUAGGCGGCAACUCAAGAACUGCAAUGGUGGCUGCGCUGAGUCCAGCGGACAUCAACUACGAUGAAACUUUAAGCACUUUAAGAUAUGCUGACCGGGCAAAGCAGAUCAAAUGCAAUGCAGUGAUCAAUGAGGAUCCCAACGCCAAGCUGGUGCGGGAGCUGAAGGAGGAAGUUACCCGGCUCAAAGACCUCCUCAGGGCUCAAGGCCUCGGCGACAUCAUUGACAUCGAUCCGUUGGACGAUUUCCCUGGAAGUGGAGGCAAAUAUCUGAAAGAUUUUCAGAACAAUAAACACAGAUACUUGCUAGCCUCCGAGAAUCAACGUCCUGGCCAUUUUUCCACAGCAUCCAUGGGCUCCCUCACCGCCUCUCCAUCUUCCUGCUCUCUCAGUAGUCAGGUGGGCUUAACGUCGGUCUCCAGUAUCCAAGAACGGAUCAUGUCCACUCCCGGAGGAGAGGAAGCCAUUGAACGUUUGAAGGAGUCUGAGAAAAUCAUUGCAGAGCUGAACGAGACCUGGGAGGAGAAACUGCGGAAGACCGAAGCUAUUAGGAUGGAGAGAGAAGCUUUGCUUGCCGAGAUGGGAGUCGCCAUUCGAGAAGACGGAGGGACCCUCGGCGUCUUCUCUCCAAAAAAGACACCUCAUCUUGUCAACCUCAACGAAGAUCCCCUCAUGUCGGAGUGCCUGCUUUACUACAUCAAAGAUGGUAUAACCAGGGUUGGCCAGGCCGAUGCCGAACGGCGUCAAGACAUCGUUCUGAGCGGGGCUCACAUCAAAGAGGAACACUGUGUCUUCCGAAGCGAGAGGAAUCACAACGGCCACGUCAUCGUUACCCUGGAGCCUUGUGAGCGGUCGGAAACGUACGUCAACGGGAAGAGGGUGGUGCAGCCGGUCCAGCUGCGCUCAGGAAAUCGCAUUAUUAUGGGCAAAAACCACGUGUUCCGUUUCAACCACCCUGAGCAAGCCCGGGCCGAGCGGGAGAAAACGCCGUCGGCAGAGACGCCGUCGGAACCAGUGGACUGGACGUUUGCUCAGAGGGAACUGCUGGAGAAACAAGGCAUUGAUAUGAAGCAGGAGAUGGAGAAAAGACUUCAGGAGAUGGAGAUUCUGUACAAGAAGGAGAAGGAAGAAGCGGACCUCUUACUGGAGCAGCAGAGGCUGGACUAUGAGAGUAAACUCCAAGCCUUACAGAAGCAGGUUGAGACGCGGUCCUUGGCUGCCGAAACUACCGAGGAAGAGGAGGAAGAAGAAGAGGAAGUGCCCUGGACUCAGCACGAGUACGAACUUGCCCAGUGGGCUUUCCGGAAAUGGAAAUUCCACCAGUUCACUUCCUUGAGAGAUCAGCUGUGGGGCAACGCAGUCUACCUGAAAGAAGGCAACGCGAUCAGCGUGGAGCUGAAAAAGAAGGUGCAGUUCCAGUUUGUCCUGUUAACCGACACGCUCUACUCCCCGCUGCCUCCGGAACUGCUGCCUCCCGAGGCGGAGAAGACCCGGGAUGACCGCUGGCCUUUCCCCCGGACGGUAGUGGCCGUGGAAGUCCAGGAUCUGAAGAACGGCGCGACUCACUAUUGGUCCCUGGAAAAGCUCAAGCAGAGGUUGGAGCUGAUGCGGGAGAUGUACGACCGAGCGGGAGAAAUGGCCUCCAACGCUCAGGAGGAGGGCGAGAACACCAUGACCGGGAGCGACCCUUUCUACGACCGAUUCCAUUGGUUCAAGCUGGUUGGGAGCUCCCCCAUUUUCCACGGCUGUGUGAACGAGCGCCUCGCGGACCGCACACCCUCCCCCACUUUCUCCACGGCUGACUCGGACAUCACUGAGCUGGCCGACGAGCAGCAGGACGAGAUGGAGGACUUUGACGACGAGGCCUUUGUGGACGAUACCGGCUCCGACGCUGGGACCGAGGAGGGAUCGGACCUCUUCAGUGAUGGGCAGGACCCGUUUUACGACCGGUCCCCUUGGUUCAUUUUAGUGGGAAGGGCAUUUGUAUACCUGAGCAAUCUUCUCUACCCGGUCCCACUUAUCCACCGAGUAGCCGUGGUCAGUGAGAAAGGCGAAGUGCGUGGAUUCUUGCGUGUGGCGGUCCAGGCUAUUGCCGCUGACGAAGAAGCUCCUGAUUAUGGAUCUGGGGUCCGACAGUCUGGCACGGCUAAAAUUUCAUUUGAUAAUGAGUAUUUUAACAAGAGCAACUUUUCAUCGGUCGCCAUGACCCGUUCCGGAUUGUCCUUGGAGGAACUGAGGAUUGUGGAAGGUCAGGGGCAGAGUUCAGAGGUCAACACGCCUCCCGAAGAAAUCAACAGAAUGAAUGACCUGGACCUGAAGUCUGGCACGUUGCUGGACGGCAAGAUGGUCAUGGAAGGCUUUACCGAAGAAGUCGGCGACCACCUGAAACUGGGCAGCGUGUUCACGUUCCGCGUGACGGUACUACAAGCUAGCGGGAUCCUCCCGGAAUACGCAGAUAUUUUCUGCCAGUUCAACUUUCUUCAUCGACACGACGAAGCUUUCUCCACCGAGCCCCUCAAGAACAACGGCCGAGGGACGCCUCUCGGCUUUUAUCACGUCCAGAAUAUUUCCGUGGAAGUGACGGAAUCCUUUGUAGAAUACAUCAAGACGAAGCCCAUCGUGUUCGAAGUCUUUGGCCAUUAUCAGCAGCAUCCGCUCCACCUGCAAGGACAGGAUAUCAACAGCCCCCCGCAGCCAUCCCGGCGGUAUUUCCCUCCUCCCAUGCCGCUCUCAAAGCCAGUCCCUGCCACCAAGCUCAACACCAUGAGCAAGCACAGCGUGGGACAGAGCAUGAUCAAGUACGACCUCCUGGUCUGGUUCGAGAUCAGCGAGUUGGAGCCGACUGGAGAAUACAUUCCUGCUAUCGUGGACCACACUGGGGGGCUACCCUGCCAGGGGACCUUUCUGCUUCACCAGGGAAUUCAGCGUCGGAUCACCGUCACGAUUAUCCACGAGAAAGGCAACGAGCUGCACUGGAAGGACGUGCGGGAGCUGGUGGUCGGGCGCAUCAGAAACACAGCAGAAGUGGAUGAAGCGGCAGUGGAUGCAAUCUUGUCGCUGAACAUCAUCUCUGCAAAAUACCUGCGGCUUUCUCACAGCUCCAACAGGACUUUCUACCGCUUUGAGGCGGUCUGGGACAGCUCCCUCCAUAACUCCCUUCUCUUGAACCGGGUGACCCCUUACGGAGAGAAGAUCUACAUGACCCUCUCGGCUUACCUGGAGCUUGACCACUGCAUCCAGCCAGCUGUCAUCACCAAGGACGUCUGCAUGGUCUUCUACUCGCGAGACGCCAAGAUCUCGCCCCCUCGCUCGUUGCGCAGUCUCUUCGGCAGCGGCUAUUCCAAAUCCCCAGACUCCAAUCGAGUCACCGGAAUCUACGAGCUGAGCUUGUGCAAGAUGGCAGACACCGGAAGUCCAGGUAUGCAGAGGCGGAGGAGGAAAGUCUUGGACACUUCCGUGGCCUACGUCCGUGGAGAAGAGAACCUAGCCGGCUGGAGGCCCCGAGGGGACAGCCUCAUUCUGGAGCACCAGUGGGAACUGGAGAAACUGGAGCUCCUGCUUGAGGUCGAGAAGACUCGGCACUUCUUGCUGCUGCGGGAGAAGCUGGGCGACAGCAUCCCCAAGUCCCUGAGUGACUCGCUGUCCCCCAGCCUCAGCAGCGGGACCCUCAGCACCUCCACCAGCAUCUCCUCCCAGAUCUCGUCCACCACCUUCGAGAGCGCCGUCACGCCCAGCGAGAGCAGCGGCUACGACUCGGCCGACAUCGAGAGCCUGGUGGAUCGGGAGAAAGAGUUGGCCACCAAGUGCCUGCAGCUUCUUACUCACACUUUCAACCGUGAAUUUAACCAGGUCUACAACAGCAUCAGUGAUUGUAAGCUGUCCGACAUCUCUCCAAUUGGCCGGGACCCGUCGGUGUCCAGUUUCAGCAGCGCCACCCUCACGCCUUCCUCCACUUGCCCAUCGCUCUCUGAUUCCAGAUGCAACUCGGUGGACCAGAAGACCCCCGAAGCCAACUCUCGCUCCUCCAGCCCCGGCCCAGAAGGGGAACCCUUCCAAUUGAUCCCACCCGUGGAAGCCUCUUACUUGGCCAGAGCAGGCAAAAACGAGUUUCUCAACCUCGUUCCUGACAUCGAAGAGAUCCGACCCGGCUCGGUGGUCUCCAAGAAAGGCUACCUGCACUUCAAGGAGCCGCUCUCCCCGUCGUGGGCCAAGCACUUCGUGGUGGUCCGCCGCCCGUACGUCUUCAUCUACAACAGCGACAAGGACCCCGUGGAGAGGGGGAUCAUCAACCUCUCCACGGCCCAGGUGGAGUACAGCGAGGAUCAGCAGGCCAUGGUGAAGACCCCCAACACCUUUGCUGUGUGCACGAGGUACCGCGGUGUCCUUCUCCAGGCCAUCAAUGACAAAGACAUGAAUGACUGGCUGUAUGCCUUCAACCCGCUUCUCGCCGGCACGAUACGGUCCAAACUGGCCCGACGGCGCUCCGGACAGCUGAAGUACUGAGUCUCCCUGGGACGCUCCUCCGAUUCGCACCCCCUCUAACACGCCUUCUGAUAUAGAUAAAGUGUUACCUCUCA